CGCGCCUCUGUUCUGCCUUUUCCUUCGGGUCGUGAUCUCAUUACAGGUCUGCGAGUCUUUUUUUUUUUGUUUUGUUUUGCUUUAACUUUUAUUUCUGUCUCACACGUCGGUGCAAAUCGCGGCCCAAACAGCUUCACGGACAGACUAUUUAAUGCACCAAAGGGGGAAAAAAAGGAGUAACCAGUCGGAUUUAAUCCUCCCGGCUGAAUUCUGCCCCCGAAUUUCACAUGGUGUCGCAGUUACGGACAUUGGAUCAGUUUCUGGGUCGCUCACCCUGUGAUGCUCCGAAGUGUCACUGCGUUUUGAAAAGCAGGAGUACAGACAGCACCCAUAGGCUGCCAUGUACUCAGGUCUACCUCAAGCGGUCCAGUGUUAAUAGACAUUAAAGAUUACUCGGUGUCCCCAGUAUCGUGGAUCCAGUGAAUUAAUGUGUGCAGCUGAGCUUCGUCAGCCAUGGAACAAAUGGACUGUAAACCCUACCAGCCGCUUUCCAAGGUACGACAUGAGAUGGAGCUCGCCUACACCAGCUCCUCGGAUGAGAGCGAGGACGGGCAGAACCUGCGCAAGUCCUACACCUCUCGGGAAACCCUGCCCGAUUACGGACAGGACCUGAGGCUCAGCUACAAUAGCCAUGCAAAGAGGCAGACGGAACCGACCCAAGACUUGGACUUUCGUGAGACGCCUCAGAUGCUGUGCCCCAGUUACCAGGCAGAGCUUCAUUCGGGUCCCCCGCGCGGCUACCCUAUGGCCGUGGGCUCCGACAUCGACACGGAGGCGGAGGGCGGCCCCUCCCCCAGCCACGCCCUGCACCUCUGGAUGCGGGAGAUCAAGUCGGAGCACAGCUCUUGCCUCUCCAGCCGGGCCAACUCCGUGCUGUCCCUCACCGACACGGAGCAGGAGAGGAAGUCCGACGGGGAGAACGAGCUUCCCAGUGGCUCCCACGGGCAAUUCACCUUCAGGCCGCUGCCUCCGCCCCCUCCACCGCCCCCACACGCCUGCACCUGUGCCCGGCCUGCCCCUCACCCCCCAGGGACACUGCAGAGGAGCACCAUGCCAGCCCGAGCCCAGAGCAGCCAGACGGGGGGACCGGGCGAGGGCCAGACGGAGGGCACACAACCACACAGUAGCUGGGUCCUCAACAGCAACAUACCGCUGGAGACCAGGCAUUUCCUGUUCAAACACGGCUCUGGCUCCUCCGCCCUCUUCAGUGCGGCCAGCCAGAACUACCCGCUCACCUCCAACACCGUUUACUCGCCGCCUCCUCGCCCGCUGCCCAGGAGCACCUUCUCCAGGCCCGCCUUCACCUUCAGCAAGCCUUACAAGUGCUGCAACUGGAAAUGCACCGCCCUCAGUGCCACCGCCAUCACGGUCACCCUUGCCCUCCUGCUCACCUACGUCGUCGCAGUGCACCUGUUCGGCCUGACAUGGCACCUCAAGCCCGUGGACGGCGAGCUGUACGAGAACGGCGUCAGCCAGCUGGACGGGGACCUGCUGGGCUCAGGCAGCACCGCCUCCCCGGUGGACAAACCUGGCCCUGACAAGAUUAACAGGGGCGGGAAAGGAGACAAAGGGCUCUUUCAGAAAGGCCGGGUGAUAGACCGCGGGGAGGUGGACAUCGGGACCCAGGUUAUGCAGACCAUCCCUCCAGGUCUCUUCUGGCGCUUCCACCUCACCAUCCACCACCCAACGUACAUAAAGUUCAAUGUCUCCAUGGCGCGGGACGCCCUGCUGGGCAUCUACGGGAGGAGAAACAUCCCCCCCACCCACACCCAGUUCGACUUCGUCAAACUCCUGGACGGGAAGCAGCUGCUGAAGCAGAAUCUGAAGGGCUCCGAGGACGGUGCCGGCACAUCGCGGAAUCUGCUCCUGGCCGCCGCGCAGGAGACCGGAUUCAUAGAGUACAUGGACCCGGGAACCUGGUACCUGGCCUUCUACAACGACGGCAAGAAGAUGGAGCAAGUGUUUGUCCUCAGCUCUGUCAUCGAAACCAUGGAUGGCUGCUCAACAGACUGUAAUGGGAACGGCGAGUGCGUCGCCGGUCACUGCCACUGUUUCGCUGGAUUCCUGGGGCCCGACUGCACCAAAGACGCCUGUCCGGUGUUGUGCAGCGGAAAUGGGGAGUACGAGAAGGGCCACUGCUUGUGCCACCCGGGUUGGAAGGGACCGGAGUGUGAUAUCCAGGAGGACCAGUGCAUCGACCCCACCUGCUCCAAUCAUGGGAACUGCGUCCAGGGCACCUGCGUGUGCCACCCUGCCUACAAGGGCGUCAGCUGUGAGCAAGUGGACUGCCUGGACCCCCAGUGCGCGGGCCACGGUGUCUGUGUGAAGGGGGAGUGCCUGUGCUCGCCGGGCUGGGGGGGUGCCGGCUGCGAGACCCCCAUGCCCUCUUGCCAGGAGCAGUGCUCUGGGCAUGGCACCUACCUGCCCGACGCCGGGACGUGCACCUGUGACCCCGGCUGGACCGGCUCCGACUGCUACACAGAGCUGUGCCCGGUGGCCUGCGGCAGCCACGGCGUGUGCUCCGAGGGCCGCUGCCAGUGUGAGGACGGCUGGGACGGGCCGGCCUGCGACCAGCGCGCCUGCCACCCCCGCUGCGAGGAGCACGGCCAGUGCCGCGACGGCCACUGCGAGUGCCACACUGGCUGGGAGGGCGAGCACUGCACCAUCGCACACUUCCUGGAUGCCGUGGUUAAAGACGGAUGCCCGGGCCUGUGUAACGGUAACGGACGGUGUACCCUGGAGCAGAACGGGUGGCACUGUGCAUGCCAGGCUGGCUGGAGUGGAGCGGGCUGCAACGUUGUCAUGGAGACGGAAUGCGACGACAACGUGGACAACGACGGAGAUGGAUUAAUGGAUUGCGUCGACCCAGACUGCUGCCAGCAAGCCAGCUGUUACAGCGGUCCUCUGUGUCAGGGGUCCCCUGACCCGCUGGACCUCAUCCAGCAGAGCCAGACCCCUUUCGUGCCUCUGCCCCCCCGCCUCUUCUUCGACCGCGUUCGCUUCCUGGUGGGCAAGGCCAGCACCCACGUCCUUCCUGGGGACAUCCCGUUCGACAGCAGGCGGGCCUCGGUGAUACGCGGUCAGGUGGUGGCGCUGGACGGGAGUCCGCUGGUGGGGGUCAACGUCAGCUUCCUGCAGCACCCGGAGUACGGCUUCACCGUCAGCCGGCAGGACGGGAGUUUUGACCUAGUGGCCGCUGGGGGAAUUGCAGUCACCCUCGUCUUUCAACGUGCCCCCUUCCCUACCAAGAGGAAGACCGUCUGGUUGCCCUGGAACCAGUUCGUCGUCCUGGAUAAGGUCACGCUGGACCAGGAGGAAGUCCCGCCCCCGGCCUGCGAUGCCAAGAGCUUUGCCAGCCCGUAUCCCGUGGUCCUGCCUUCCCCUCUCACCAGGUUCGCUGCAGCCUGCGUGGAGAGGGGACCAACCGUCCCAGAGCUGCAGGCCGUGCAGGAGAACAUCGCCAUUCCUGGCAGCUUCAUGAAGUUGAGCUACCUGAGCACGCGCACGCCAGGCUACAAGUCUCUGCUGAGGAUCAUCCUGACCCACUCGGUCCUCCCGCUGGGCCUGACCAAGGUGCACGUGUCCGCCGCCGUCGAGGGACGCCGCUUCCAGAAGUGGUUCACCGCUGCCCCCUGGCUAGUGUACCUGCUUCCCUGGAACAAGACCGACAUCUAUGGCCAGAAGGUGUCCGGCCUCACGGAAGCCGUCGUUUCCGUGGGGUAUGAGUACGAGAGCUGCCCAGGCUUCAUCUUGUGGGAGAAGAGAACGGCCCUCCUGCAAGGGUUCGAGAUGACGGGCUCGAACCUGGGGGGAUGGUCCCUGGACAAGCACCACAUCCUGAACUUGCAAAGCGGGAUCCUGCACAAAGGGAAUGGCGAGAACAUUUUCAUAUCCCAGCAGCCCCCGGUCAUCACCACGGUGAUGGGUAAUGGGAACUAUCGCACCAUUCCUUGCCCCAGCUGCAAUGGCCCCGCCUUGGAACAAAAGCUCUUCGCUCCCGUAGCUGUGGCCUGCGGUUCUGACGGGAGUGUGUACGUCGGCGAUUUUAACUUCGUUCGCCGCAUCCUCCCCAACGGCUUCUCUGUCAACAUUCUCGAGCUCAGGAACAGGGACAUCAGGCACAGCACCAGCCCGGCUCAUAAGUACUAUCUGGCCAUGGACCCGAUGAACGAGGCCUUGUACCUGUCGGACACCAGCAGCAGGAGGGUUUACCGGCUGAAGACUCUCAUAGAACCCAAGGACUUGGCCAAGAACCUGGAGGUGGUAGCGGGAACAGGGGAACAGUGUCUGCCCUUCGACCAGAGCCACUGUGGGGACGGGGGUAAGGCCUCGGAGGCCUCACUCAACAAUCCCAGAGGUAUCGCCGUGGAUAGGAGAGGCUUCGUCUACUUCGUCGAUGGAACCAUGAUUCAGAAGAUCAACGAGAAAGGCACGAUAACAACCAUAAUUGGUUCUAAUGGUCUCAUGUCCACUCAGCCCCUGAGCUGCGAUUCCCGCAUGGAUAUCACCCAGGUACGUCUGGAGUGGCCUACUGAUCUGGCCGUUAAUCCUAUGGAUAACUCCCUCUACAUCCUGGACAACAACAUCGUCAUUCAGGUUUCGGAGGGAAAUCAGGUCAGGAUCAUCGCGGGGCGUCCUAUUCACUGCCAAGUCCCUGGGACGGACCACUACUUGGUGAGCAAGGCUGCCGCCCACUCCACAUUGGAGGCGGCCAAAGCCAUCGCGGUGUCACACCAGGGUGUGCUCUACAUCGCCGAGACUGAUGAGAGGAAGAUCAACCGCAUCCAGCAGGUCACCACCAAUGGCGAGAUUUCCAUUGUCGCCGGGGCCCCAACAGAAUGCGACUGCAAGAUUGACCCUAACUGCGACUGCUUCUCAGGCGACGGCGGGUAUGCCAGGGACGCCAGGCUGAAGGCACCCUCCUCGUUGGCAGUGUCCCCCGAUGGCACACUCUACAUCGCUGAUCUGGGCAACAUCCGCAUCCGCGCCCUGAGCCCUAACCGGCCUCACCUGAACUCGGCCAGCAUGUUCGAGAUCGCCUCGUCGGUGGACCAGGAGCUCUACCUUUUCAGUCCCAACGGCACCCACCUCCACACCAAGAACCUCAUCACGGGGGACUACAUUCACAACUUCACGUAUUCUUCUGACGGCCAUGUCAGCACCGUCAUCGGCAGCAACAGCAACUCCAUCCACGUCCGGCGAGAUGCCAACGGGGUGCCUCUCUGGUUGGUGGUGCCCGGUGGUCAGGUCUACUGGCUCACCAUCAGCAACAAUGGUGCCCUCAAGAGAGUCUCUGCCCAGGGUCAUGACCUUGCUCAAGUCACAUACCAUGGAAACUCCGGUCUCCUAGCAACCAAGAGCAAUGAAAACGGCUGGACUAUGGUCUAUGAGUAUAACACUGAAGGUCAUCUUAUCAAUGUCACCUAUCCUACGGGAGAAGUGAUCAGUUUCCAUGGUAACAUGGAGAAGUCCGUAAAAGUGGAAGUAGACACCUCAAACAGUGAGAACUUCACUACGGCGACCAACUUUUCAGCCACCAAAACGAUUUACACAUUGCGUCAAGACCAUGCUCAGAACACGUACCGCGUCAGCUCGGAUGGCUCCCUCCGCGUCACCUUCGCCAGUGGCAUGGAGGUGACGCUCAGUACGGAGGCGCACAUCUCCUCCGGAGUCGUGAGCCCCGCUGUGGGGAAGUGCAACAUCACGCUGCCCAGUGAACACGCUCCAAGCCUCAUCGAAUGGAGGCAGAGGAGGGAGCAGGCCAAGGGCAACCACACGGCCUACGAGCGCAGGCUGAGGGCUCAUAACAGAAAUCUGCUGUCCAUAGACUUUGACCAGGCCACACGAGUGGGCAAGAUCUAUGAUGACCAUCGCAAAUUUACACUCAGGAUCCUCUAUGACCCAAUGGGCCGUCCCAUCCUGUGGUCUCCCAGUAGCAAAUACAACGAGGUAAAUGUCACAUACUCGCCAGCUGGCCUUGUCACCACCAUUCAGCGGGGGAACUGGUCUGAGAAGCUGGAGUAUGACAAUGGCAGGCUCGUCUCCAGAACGUGGGCCAAUGGACGGAUUUGGAGCUACACCUUCCUAGAGAAGUCCAUCGUGCUCCUGCUGCACAGCCAGCGCAGGUACAUCUUUGAAUACGACCAGACGGACCGCCUCCUCUCCGUCACCAUGCCCAGCAUGGUGCGCCACAGCCUGCAGUCCAUGCUGUCAGUGGGCUACUACAGGAACAUCUACAGCCCCCCGGACAACAGCGCCAGCGUCGUUCAGGACUAUACCCGCGAUGGCCGCCUCCUUCAGUCCCUCUACUUCGGCACUGGCCGCCGCGUCCUUUACAAGUACACCAGGCAGUCACGCCUAGCGGAGAUCCUCUACGAUACCGCUCUCGUCACGUUCACAUACGAUGAGGCCUCAGGCGUGGUCAAAACCAUCCAUCUCAUGCAGGAGGGCUUCGUCUGUACCAUCCGAUACAGGCAAACAGGUCCUCUUGUAGGACGGCAGAUCUUCCGGUUCAGUGAGGAAGGUCUUGUAAAUGCCCGAUUUGAUUAUAGCUAUAAUAACUUCAGAGUGACCAGUAUGCAAGCUAUGAUCAAUGAGACGCCGCUCCCCAUCGAUCUGUAUCGCUAUGUCGAUGUAUCAGGUCGGGUCGAGCAGUUUGGCAAAUUUAGUGUGAUAAACUACGACCUCAACCAGGUCAUCACGACUCAUGCCAUGAAGCACACCAAGAUCUUCAACGCAAACGGGCAAGUGAUUGAGGUCCAAUAUGAAAUCUUGAAGUCCAUCGCGUACUGGAUGACGGUGCAAUACGACAACAUGGGCCGAACCACCGUCUGCGAUAUCAGAAUCGGCGUCGACAACAAUAUCACUCGCUACUCCUACGAGUAUGACGCGGAUAGCCAGCUCCAGACCGUUUCCGUCAAUGACCGGCCACAGUGGCGCUACAGCUAUGACCUCAAUGGGAACAUCAACUUGCUCAGUCAUGGCAAUAGCGCCCGACUUACACCGCUCCGGUAUGAUAUGCGGGACCGCAUCACCAGGCUCGGAGAGAUACAGUACAAAAUGGAUGAGGACGGCUUCCUGCGUCUCAGGGGCAAUGACGUGUUUGAGUAUAACUCUAACGGACUCCUCACUAAGGCCUACAACAAAGUGUCUGGGAAGAGUGUGCAUUACCGGUAUGAUGGUCUCGGCCGGAGGGUGGUCAGUCGGUCCAAUGUAGGAGAGUACCUACAGUUUUUUUACGCGGACCUCAGUAAACCGACUAGGGUCACCCACAUAUAUAAUCACACCAGCUCGGAAAUUGCAUCGCUGUAUUAUGACCUGCAAGGUCAUCUUAUAGCCAUGGAGCUAAGCAGUGGUGAGGAAUACUAUGUUGCCUGUGACAAUUUGGGAACUCCUUUGGCUGUGUUUAGCAGUCGUGGGCAAAUCGUGAAAGAGAUCUUCUACACUCCUUAUGGAGACAUAUACCAAGACUCCAACCCUAGCUUCAAGCUGAUAGUUGGGUUCCAUGGCGGCCUUUAUGAUCCUCUCACGAAACUGGUUCACCUUGGUCGAAGGGACUAUGAUGUAGUGGCAGGUCGCUGGACCACUCCCAACUAUGACUUGUGGGCUGAGCUGAGUACUAACCCAAAACCUUUCAAUCUGUAUUCGUUUAAAAAUAACUGUCCAGUUGGACAUCUGCAGGAAGUCACUCAGUUCACACAAGACAUCGGCAGCUGGUUACAGUUAUUUGGUUUUCAGCUUCACAAUGUGGUUCCUGGGUUUCCCAAGCCUGAUGUAGACAGUACGGAACAAACUUAUGAGCUUAAGAAGACCCAAACCAAAACACAGGACUGGGACCCCAGCAAGGUGGUCUUGGGUAUACAGUGUGAACUCCAGAAGCAUCUGAGGACCUUCAUCUCGCUGGAGCGACUGCCCAUGACCCAGGUCAGCAGCUCCGUGGGCCAAGAACCCGGACGGAUGCCGAGCUUCUCGGCAAUAUCCUCCAUCUUCGGGAAGGGUAUUAAGUUCGCCAUUGUGGACGACGUUGUCUCUGCCACUAUCAUUGGCGUAGCCAAGGAAGACAGCAGGCGCAUUGCCGCCAUCCUCAACAACGCCUUCUACCUGAGUGGUUUGCAUUUCACCAUCGAGGGUCGGGACACACAUUAUUUCAUCAAGCUGGGCCCUCUGGAGGAGGACCUGGUGACGAUUAGCAACAGUGGUGGUGGCCGCAUCCUGGAGAACGGCGUCAAUGUCACCGUGUCCCAGAUGACCUCGGUGGUGAACGGGAGGACUAGGCGCUUUGCCGACAUCCAGCUACAACACGGCGCUCUGUGCUUCAACAUCCGCUAUGGCGCCACAACGGAAGAGGAGAAGGCCCACGUGCUGGAGCAGGCCCGACAGAGGGCCGUGGAGCGGGCGUGGGCUCAGGAGCAGAGGAGGGUUCAGGAGGGUGAGGAGGGCACCAGGGUGUGGACCGAUGCGGAGAAACAGCAGCUGCUAACCACAGGGAAGGUGCUGGGCUACGACGGUUACUUUGUCCUGUCUGUGGAGCAGUACCUCGAACUUUCUGACAGUGCCAACAACAUUCACUUCAUGAGACAGAGUGAAAUAGGAAGGAGGUAACAGUGGUAUCACCCUGCCCGUUUUUCCUUCACCAAAGACUGCCUGUUUUUAGACAUUUAAUGAUUUGUUCUACUGUUUUUCUAGCAAGAAAACUGUAAAUAUAUACCAUACAAAAGGAAAACUGGAGAAAUCAAAUUAUCCUACUGCCUUUAAUUGUGACAAAUGAUGGUAUUUUAUUAAUGUUCCUUUAUAACUGUGGCACACGCUAUUCAGCUUAUGAUUUUGUUAUACAAAAAGACAUGUUUCUUUUGUUUUUUAGGAGUGGCUUGGCGUUUUGUUGGGUUGACUUUCUUCUCCAGUCUAUAGUAUUCACUAGUUCUCCUAUUUGAUUAAACAUAUUGAAAAAGUAACAUGGACAGCAAAUAUUAAUCUCGAUAUUUCUUUUAUAUCAGUAUAAAAAAGUGGCUCCUAAGCUUACAUUUGGGUUUAUAUACAGCACCAAGAAAAAAAAACAUCUUUUUUGGUAUGUGAGAAAACCUUUGUUAUUCUCCCUCUUCUUUGAAAAUAUUAUCUUUAAAAAAGUCCAAAAGUAACUUGAACAUAUACAUAUUGUUUUGCCUUCAGUAUGUUUCAAAAUCGUUUGAGUAUAUAUAUUUACUCAUGAGAAGUUGUAAAUAGUAAGUGCUUUAAGAACAAGCAUUACAAUGGUUUGACCCAUUAAGUGUUUAAAAGAAAAAUAAACUAGACGAGUUACACUUUUGCAGAGUUAAGCAGCGCUAUGAAAAUUAUUCAACCUGAAGAUUUACUUUUCUACAAAUGAUUUAUCGUAUGACAGAGUAGAUUAAAAUUAAAGUCUGUGCAUUAUAUGGAUAUAAUGCAUUAUUUCGAAGCAGCUUGUGCCUUUUGUUUUGAGGAUAUAUACAUCUGAAAUGCGGAAUAGAAAAAACAUACAAAAAUGUUUCUGGUAAAGAACGGUUGACCACAAGAUCAGACUGGUUGACCAGAAUCGUCUUGGCCACAGUGCAACUUUUCAGAAUCUGUUGACAAUAACAGAAAACAGCGUAGACCGUGUGUGUUUUGCUCACGUAUAAGAGUUCAUAUGUUCAAGUGUUCAUGUUAUAGUGGGACAAAGUUCCUUUCCGGGAUGUGUUGCUCAGUGCUAUAUUUGUUAGUCAUCUCAGUCUUCAUGGAACGGCUCGGUGAUCGUGUGCACCUGUACGUCUCUUAUACUUUGAAACCAGUCGUUUUGAAAUGAUACGGCGUUUAAAAGAUGGCUCUGUUUAUUACCACGUUCGGGCAAUGUUUUUAUUUUUCAUGUGCGGUUGCCCUUAUUUCCCAUUGAUCAGAGGUGAAUAAAACUCAUAAAAAAAGAC